GCGUACAUAAAAACUAAAAAGAAGAAGCAGAGAAACAGAAAAACAUUCAGAGCGUACAUAAAAAACUAAGUCCGUGUGUAGAAAUACCGUAAACACAGGCAUAUAAUCAAAGGAUAAGGAUCUACAAAGGAUAGAGGCGAUUACGAAGGACACAGGCACCAUAUAGGAGGAAUCGCGGGAAUUCGGAGAAUCCAGCAAGCAGAGUUUGCAUUUAUUUUGUUUUUUUUUUCUCGCUGGGAUUCCGUGGACAAGGCGGACAAGGAGCACCCCCUUCUGAUAGGUGGCACCAGGCACAACCCCCCAGGAGGCAGAGGAAGAGGCAACCACAUUUGGACACCAACCUCCCCACAGCAGGCUGCGGGGAGAGAAACAAAAAAAACAGAAAAUCAACCGCUAAUUGGAUUAGCCGGAGAUUGGCAUAAAGGGGGGCAGAAGAAAGGCAGCAGAAGAGCUAGAAGCUAAACAGAGGGAUAAAGAGGAGAAGACAGAAAGGCGACGCCGCAAUGGCCACCACCCAGCAGUAUUCGCUGCGGUGGAAUAACUACCUGCGCCACCUCACCUACUCUCUGGACAACCACCGGCUGAACGAUGACUUUGUGGACGUCAGCCUGUGCGUGGACGGACGACGGAUCAAGGCGCACAAGGUCGUACUCUCCUCGUGUUCGUCCUAUUUCAAGGAGAUCUUUAAAGAGAACCCACAUCCGCAUCCAGUUAUUAUAUUUAAGUUUAUAAAGUUUGAAGAUCUCAACUCGAUAAUCGAGUUUAUGUACCAGGGUGAAGUCAAUGUACAGCAGGAGGCUUUGCAAUCCUUUCUGCAGACGGCCGAGCUGUUGGCCGUCCAGGGACUCACCGCCGAGGAGAAGGAAAAGCCCCAGCUGCCGGUGGCGCCGCUGAUUAGUGAACACAAGCUAAUCAAAACGAUACCCAGUACCAUACGGGCGGUGAGCGAUCAGCAGCAGGUGGCCCAGGCCCAAUCGGCCACCCAGACCAUUGAGAUACCAACGGCUACGCUGUUGCAGGCCACCACCGCCAGUCAGGUGCAGAGUCAGGUGGCAGCCGCAGCAGCCCACUUGCAGGUCCAACAACAACAGCAGCAUCAUCAUGUACAAACCGCUCAGAUUCAGCAUAUUCAAGUGCAAUCAGCGCCGCCACCUCAGCAACAGCAACAGCAGCAACAACAACAGCAGCAGUCGCAACAACAACAAUCGCAACAAUCCCAACAACAAACAACACCUGUCCAGACGCAACACCUGACGAUAACAAAUGCGGUGGCUCUGCCGACAGCGAGUUCGGUGAAAAAACGUAAAAUCACCUUCUCGGAUGACGAUGACAACAUCUAUACCACCGAAACAGUUGACUAUGCCGUCAAGGAUGAACAGACCAUAGUGAAGACUGCCGAAAUGACAUUUUUGCGAGGCGCCGUCAAAAUGGAUAUACCCGAUUAUAUUGUUGGGGAGGUGGAUGAUCGAUUGUCGGAUGGCGCCACACCUCAAACAUCACAGGAUGCCACCACGGCGGCUGGCCAGACCGUGACCCAGUACUCCAACGAGUAUGAAAUACUCACCGAAUCCGAGAUCGAAGAAAAGUAUCAGGCCGAUAAGGAUAAUGCCGAAUUAGCCAUUGAAAUGUCUCGAUUAUUGGGUACAGCGAGUGGAACGGCGGCGGGGAGUUCGGCCCAGGCUGUGCUGGAGGAUGGGGACGGUGGUGGCGGCGGCGGUGGUGGUGGAGGAGCAACCACUGGCUCCUCGACUACGGUGUCCGUGACGCCGGUCAAGUCCGACAGCAAGGCCGGCGGGGCAAAUGGUGAGUUUACGGAUUCGUCCAAUAAUAAGUGGACUGAAUGUCAGUUUUGCAAAAUGGUCAUAACGACGGUUAAUCUUUGGAGACAUAUUCGCACCCAACACACCCCCCAACCGCCCCGCAAGUGCGAUCUGUGCAAUAAGAAUUUCAAGAACAAGUACAGCCUCAGGGAGCACAUCCGUAUCUCCCACGAACAGAAGGUGGCCAUCAAAACGGAGAAUUAAUUCAAAUGUGGAGGAUAUAUAUAUAUUUAGGCAACAAUAUAGUUAAUUACGUCCAGCUUAGCAAAAGAAAAGCCAAUCCCCCAUUCUAAGCCAAAAAAAAGAGAUUGCACCAUUUAGCCGUUCAUUAUGUGUCUAGGAUUUAGAUUUAAUUGGCUCCUCCCCCCACCAUCUGAAACCUUAAUAUAUAAACCUUAAGUGAAAGUCCAGUCAGCUAGUUAGCCACCCGGAGAUU